GAUGAAUUUUUGGAUAAUUUACCUUCAAGGGUGAUAUAUAGGGAGUUUGAUGCGGGUACAAGUAGUACAUGCGGCUCUAUUGGGGAAGUGAGGAAUGCACUGCGUAGUUUGCCCGAUAUAGGGGGGGAACAUAAGAACAAAAUAUACCGUGCCUGUUGCUACGCACCUGAGAUGCAAGAGGGAGACAGUCCUUAUAGUAGGCGUUAUAAUUUCCUAUAUUAUUAUAUGGGGGAUAUAUUGUGGAAAUAUGUAACGGAUGAUACUUUAUUCUUGGGCAUCAUGAGUCUAAUAUGUGAUAAAAUAAAGGAAAUGUGUAAUAAGCAGGGAUGCAUGCUUACUUGUGGAACUGUUAAUAAAGAUCUUUUCAGUAGUAGGAAAACAGUAUUCGAUUAUUAUCAUGACUAUGGUACUCUGAAAAAUCUGUUACCGAGUAUUGAGCCUACGUGCGUUCCUGAAUGUGGGGAGCAUAUACAGAAAAUAACUGAAGCAUGUAGUGCAAUGAAGGAAAAAUGUCCGUAUACAAGUAAUAGUGGGGAUUCAUAUUGUAACUGGUUUAGAACGAAUGGUGAGCAGUACUGUGACGCGGACAAACUAUCAAAUUUAAAAUGUACCAAGAAACCUUCUGCUGGAGAUGAUUUCGACUUAGGAGACGCCGUGGUAGAUGGUGGAAAUGACGAUCCACCACCACCACCAAAACCUAAGCCAAACCCCAAUCCUAAUCAAGCUGGUAGUAGUGGUAGUUUUUCCGAUGCAGAUUUAGCAGAUGGUGUCUCUGGUGGAGAAGGAAAGGGUGGUAGUGAUGGUGGUGGUAGUCACAGGAAGGAGAAUGGCGAAGAGUCUGGUGCUAGUAGUGUCGUACCAGGUGCUGUGUCAGGUGCAUUGGCUGCAGUAGGACUUCCUGCCUUAGCAUACUUUUUUUACAAGUACAAAUCACACCUCUUCUUCUUUAAGAAGCAUAACCACUCUGGAAAUGGAAGAAGGAAAAGGUCCCUUAGGAGAGAAUUGAACAGGUUUUCAAACGACGACGACGAAUCAACGGAGUACGACUCAACAACGGAAGAUUCAUCCGAAUAUUCCAUUCCAUAUACAUCAUCAUCAUCUGGAGGAUGA